GGCGUGCAGCGCGGGCCUCGGCGGGGCUCAGCGCCCCGGCCCGGGAGGAUGCGGCCCGGGGCGGCCCGGGAGCUGAGCAGGGCCCCCGCGCCGUCCCCCGCGGGCCCCGGCUUCCAGAGCCGCAGCCGCCGCCCCGCCCCCGGGAGACAUGACUUCCAAGCCGCAUUCCGACUGGAUUCCUUACAGUGUCUUAGAUGAUGAGGGCAGCAACCUGAGGCAGCAGAAGCUGGACCGGCAGCGGGCCCUGCUGGAGCAGAAGCAGAAGAAGAAGCGCCAGGAGCCCCUGAUGGUGCAGGCCAACACGGACGGGCGGCCCCGGAGCCGGCGGGCCCGGCAGUCAGAGGAGCAGGCACCCCUGGUGGAGUCCUACCUCAGCAGCAGCGGCAGCACCAGCUACCAAGUUCAGGAGGCCGACUCACUUACCAGUGCGCAGCUGGGAGCCGCCCGCCCAACAGCACCAGCCUCAGCCAAGAGAACCAAGGCAGCAGCUGCAGCGGGGGGCCAGGGCGGGGCCUCUAGGAAGGAGAAGCAGGGGAAGCACAAAGGCACCAGCGGGCCAGCUGCACUGGCCGAAGACAAGUCUGAGGCCCAAGACCCGGUGCGGAUCCUGACUGUGGGCCAGUCAGACCACGCUCAGGACGCGGGGGAGACGGCAGCCGGCGGGGGCACACAGCCCAGCGGGCAGGACCUCCGUGCCACGAUGCAGAGGAAGGGUGUCCCCAGCAGCAUGAGCUUGGAAGAGGAAGAGGAAGAGGAGGAUGAAAACAGCUCAAGCUCCUCCCAGCUGAACAGCACCACCCGCCCCAGCUCCGCUACUAGCGGGAAGUCCGUCAGGGAGGCAGCCUCAGCCCCCAGCCCGACAGCCCCAGAACCCUCGGCGGAUGUGGACGUCCAGGAUCUUGAGGAGUUUGCACUGAGGCCAGCCCCCCAAGGUAUCACCAUCAAGUGCCGCAUCACGCGGGACAAGAAGGGGAUGGACCGGGGCAUGUACCCCACCUACUUCUUGCACCUGGACCGCGAGGAUGGGAAGAAGGUGUUCCUCUUGGCGGGAAGGAAGAGAAAGAAGAGUAAAACUUCCAAUUACCUCAUCUCUGUGGACCCAACAGACUUGUCUCGAGGAGGGGACAGCUACAUCGGGAAACUGCGGUCCAACCUCAUGGGCACUAAGUUCACCGUUUAUGACAAUGGAGUCAACCCUCAGAAGGCAUCAUCCUCUACUUUGGAAAGUGGAGCCUUGCGUCAGGAGUUGGCAGCUGUGUGCUACGAGACAAACGUCUUAGGUUUCAAGGGGCCGCGGAAGAUGAGUGUGAUUGUCCCAGGCAUGAACAUGGUUCACGAGAGAGUCUCCAUCCGGCCGCGAAACGAGCAUGAGACGCUGCUAGCACGCUGGCAGAAUAAGAACACGGAGAGUAUCAUUGAGCUGCAAAACAAGACCCCGGUCUGGAAUGACGACACGCAGUCCUACGUACUCAACUUCCACGGGCGCGUCACACAGGCCUCCGUGAAGAACUUCCAGAUCAUCCAUGGGAAUGACCCGGACUACAUUGUGAUGCAGUUUGGCCGCGUGGCAGAGGACGUGUUCACCAUGGAUUACAACUACCCACUGUGCGCGCUGCAGGCCUUCGCCAUCGCCCUGUCCAGCUUCGACAGCAAGCUGGCCUGCGAGUAGAGGGCCCCCUUGUGCCCUUUGGGGUUGCCCAGCCUGGAGUGGAGCUGCCUGCCUGCAGAGACAGCCCUGCUUACCCUCUCUCUGUACAUAGGCCUCCUGCCAGGUGAACCUUUAGCUCUCAGUGGCUCCCUGGCCCAGCCAGCUCAGACUGGCCUCCUGCCUCCACUGCUGAGACAGAGGACCAGGUGGGGGAGGUGUGUGUGUGAAGGGGCCUGCGUGAAUUCUUCCUGGGCCCCAAGAUCCAUACACACACCCCUGCUCUUGAGU